CCUCUAAACUAAAUAAGAGUCUCCUCUUGCGCUUCUCUUUUGUUAAUUUACAUUGACAUGUGAUCCCGUGUUAAAUAACAUUUAUUAGACCGAAUAUUGUAUCGGAGGUUGAUUUGAGACAGACAGGAGGUUAUUUCUGUAUUAUAUCUUCGCAUUAAAAUAACUUUUUAUAUAUAUCUAUAUUAUAUAUAUAUAUAUGUAUAUAUAGUAAUUUUUUUAGAGCCUGUCCAACAAAACUUGCAUAAUUAAUUACCUUUGUACAAAGAAAUCAGUAAUCAAUCACACGUCUGGCAGACGAAGACGUAACGAUAUGGCAUCCUUUAAUAAUUUAUAUUAUCCAUCUGAUUGGUCAAUUUUCUUGCUUAUACAUUUAUACGACUACGCAAGUGCAUCUAUGUAUAAUCGUCGAAUCAAUAAUAUAAUUUAUAUAUAAACGCAAGCAAAAUAAAUAUUGUGAAUCCUUACAAAAAUUCUAGAGUAUAUAUAGAUACAAAAUUCUUCCUUGAAUAAUUUAGAAAUAAAAAUAAAAAAAAAAAAACUAACAUUAAAACGCAUUAUGUAAGAAUGCAUAAAGUAACUUUAAUAAUAACGUGAAUGGAGUAAGGUGAAAAAAAUAAAAAAAAAUGUUAUAGUCUAUCAAAACCGGUCACGUGGUCAGCUUUGCGCGUACACACAUACGCAAGCACGCGCAUGCGCUGUCAGAAUUUGGGAUCAUUGCACCGAAUUCGCUAGCAAACUUGAGCUCAUUUGCGCAUGGAGAAUCGCAGGGGUAACUUCGAUUUAUAGAUUUAAUCCAUUUAUUUUUACACUCAAACGACGGUGCCCUCCGCUAACGAUCCGUUAAUAUAAUUUUAUUGUUUAUUUCGCGUUCGCGAGCUGGGUGAUGUAAAUUAAUUAUGGAAGUGUGCGAGAAUCGAGCGCAGGAAAAAUCGCAGGACGGAGAAUAUGGAUUUGUUUGGCAAGAUUAUCUUGAUGCCACGAGCAGUGUGGAAGUUCCGCAAAUUAUGUUUCCACAUGUGGAGUUGACAUUACAAAACAGUAUUGAGAUAGGUAUGUCAUUAGAAGUACCAGUACAGAAAAAUAAUGAGCAAGAAGAACCAUCAUACUGGGUAGCCUCUAUCGUCAUGGCUUGUGGACCCUUGUUACGGUUGCGCUACUUUGGUGGUGAUGAUAGAUCAUUAGAAUUUUGGUUUAAUCUUACAAAAGAAGCUGGUCAUGAACUUGGUUGGAGUGCAAAAAACAAUAAAAAAUUGGAACCACCUGAUGCUAUACUUGAGAAAUCACCAGAUUGUGCAGAUAAGCUGAAGGAUUUUUUAACAACAGCACGCACGCUUCCACCAGAAAUGUUAACAGGGGAUAGCCUAAGUAUGACAGAUAAAAUAAAACAGGGCAUGAAAAUUGAGAUAAGUGAUGUCUUGCAUCCAUAUAAAUUAUGGGUAGCUACGAUUAUUGAAAAUGUUGGAGGACGUCUUUUAUUGAGAUAUGAUACGCCCGGUUCCUUUCGUGAAGAUUUUUGGAUAUUUUGUACAUCCGAACGUUUACAUUCAUAUGGAUUUGCAUCUAAAUCAAAUUCUAAUUGGUUUUUAGAACCACCUGGCUCAAUAGUCGACUUGUACACUUAUGAAGAAUGGAAAGAUUUGUUAGAAUCUAAACCAAAAGAUGAUGAACUAUUGGAAGAAUUAUUUAAUAAUAAUAUAGAUUAUUCAAAACAUAGUUUUAAAGUUGGAAUGAAAGUAGAAGCUCUGCAUCCAGUAGAUCGAACAAAGAUUUGCCCUGCUAGUGUAACAAAAGUAUUUGACGAUAUGUAUUUUCUUGUAAAUAUUGAUGUAUAUAUUGAACGUUCGGAUGGAUCAGAUGAUACGUUUGUGCCCACUAAUUCAGAAAACAAUACAUGGCUAUGUACUGCAGAGCAUCCAUAUAUAUUUCCAAUUGGAUGCAAAAAGCAUGACAUCAUGAUUACUCAUCCGCAAGGUUGGACUUCAAAGACUGAUGAUUUUGAUUGGAAUGACUAUUUGGAAGCAUGUCAUGCUACUGCAGCAUCUGAAGAUUUAUUUGACAAACGUACGAGUGCUGCUGAAGCAGGUUUUGAAUGUGGCAUGAGAUUAGAGGCUGUUGAUCCAGAACACCAACAUAUAAUAUGCGCCGCGCACAUUACUAAAAUCAUUGACAAUCUGUUGUGGAUAAAAUUAGAUAAUUAUGAAUACUUUAAGCCAGAUCACAUAGUUGACAUGCAUUCCUUGCAAGUAUUUCCUGUAGGAUGGUGCGAAUCUAAUCACUAUCCGUUAAAACCUCCGCAUAAUUACAUUGAAAUUUGUAAGAAACUAGAAAUGUUCGCAAAAGAGGAGGAGAAGAAAGCCAAUCUGUUGGACAUACCAAUUUCUGAACCACGAUCUUCGCUCUGGUGCCCAAAGAUAUAUUUUAACUACCGAUGCUUUACAGGCCCGAUGAUCUCGAAAGGAAAAUUAGCGACUCUUCCAAAAUCAGUAGGACCUGGACCAGUUAUAUUAGUCAUGCGAGAAGUUUUGUCAAUGAUUGUCUCUGUUGGGUAUAGAAGUGCCAGAAUUUUAAAGGUUCUGCAAUGCGAUUCUAAACCAGACCCUGGAUAUCAUUUAGAAGUUUUAAAGGCGAAGCACAAAAAUAAUACAUAUCGCGCGAGCGUGGCUAUUGUUACAUCAGGAGACAUGGUAGCGGACUUUUGCAGAAGUAUUUGUAAAAAACUAAUGGUGUGCCCAAAUUUAUUUGGUCCAUCAUAUAUACCAGAAAAUGAAUGUCCAGAUGAGUGUUAUAAAACAUCGAAAACAAAAUAUACAGCGACAGUUGGAACUGGAAAGAGAGGAAAACCGAAAGGAUAUACAAGCAUUAUGGUGCAAAAGCCGAAACCUUGGGGUAAGAAACGUCGAAAGCGUCGUGGCAGAUGGGCGAACAAACAUAAGGAGAUUCCGGAGGAAUAUGAGAUUCAUGAGGACGAGAUGCCGUUUAUGUCAUUAGAUCUGGCAAAACAUGUCUCGGAGAGUCAUAUUGACGAGGCAUUUAGUGGAAGACAACCGCUCUCAGAAAUAGAUAUCAUGAUACAAAAAGGUCUGGAGAAAUCUGACAAGUCGGAUGACUUUAAGACUGAAAUACCUUCCAGCAAUGCUUCGGAAGAUUCUGGUAGUUCAUUCAAUGAUGGAAAGAUAAAAGAUAGAGAAUUGUCCAGUCCUCCUAAUUUAAGUUCUAAGCAGCAUAUUACGAGAUUUAAUCAGAAUCCUGGAGUCACGAGAGGAAUCAAGAGAGAUUGGGACACAAGCAUAGAAUCUGAUUGUUCUGAGGCAGAUGCCGAAUACAUGAGAUUGCAAAAGACACAACGGCGACCUAAAACUCGAAAGCUCGAUUCAAAUCCGUUAUAUUGGAGUGUAGAUGAUGUGUUUCGAUAUCUUAGAAAAACAAAUGACUGCAAAGAUCUCGCAUAUCGUGUCAAAGAGGAAGAAAUUGAUGGUCUCGCAUUUUUGCUGCUGAAUCUUCCCUCUCUUACUCAGCACAUGAAACUACGAACUAGUUUAGCCAUGAAAUUAUGUAGACACGUUGAACAAGUUAAAGUUACAUUCUUUUUACGACAUAUUCAUGAAGUAGAGCCUGAUCAGUAUCAAAUUGUUUAAUUGACUAGUUUACAAUAAAACCUGUAAUUAUCUUCUAUAUAAUUACUAAUUAUCAUUUAUGUAGCGCAGUUCAUUAUAUAGAGUCAUAUGUAAUAAUCGAAAGGAAAAAUAAUUGACAAAUUUAAAUAGAUGAUUCAAGAUUUUACAAUUAUAAA